GUCGUGACCCACCGACCCUCCUCUUUUCACACCUGCUCACAGGCUGCUAUGCCCAUCACCAUCACCGGAUAUGAGACGCACGAUGUCCGCUUCCCCACCUCCCUCACGGGAGAUGGUACGGAUGCCAUGAACACGGAGUGCGACUACUCCUCGGCGUACGUGACACUGUUGACCUCGUCCAGUCUCGUCGGCUACGGUAUGACCUUCACCAUCGGCCGCGGAAACGACAUCGUCUGCAUGGCGAUCAAGGAGCUUGCGAACCGGUUGGUGGGCAAGGACGUUGAGAAGCUCUUCAGCAAUAUGGGCAAGACCUGGGAAUACCUCUGCGCGGAUCCUCAGCUACGUUGGAUCGGCCCGGAGAAGGGAGUUAUUCACAUCGCGCUCGGUGCGGUGGACAAUGCGCUCUGGGACAUGUACGCUCGCUUCCGGAACAAGCCACUGUGGAAACUCGUCGUGGAUAUGACGCCUGAGGAGCUCGUCAGUGCGACAGCCUUCCGCUACAUCACAGAUGCGAUCACAAAGGAAGAGGCCCUCGCGAUGCUCAAGACAAAGGCCGCGACCAAGGCCGAGCGCGAGGCGACGGUGCGCGAGGUCGGCUAUCCCGCAUAUGUGACCUCCGCGGGCUGGCUCGGAUACAGCGACGAGAAGAUUGCGCGGCUCACGCGCGAGGCCAUAGAGGCGGGCUUCAACCACUUCAAGAUGAAGGUCGGCGCUGACCGCGACUCAGACCUGCGCCGCGGGAAGAUCAUCCGCUCGAUCAUUGACGACCCUCAGUACCUUCCCGCAGGCAAGAAACCGCGCGAUCCCAACAGCCCAGAGCUCGUCGGAAAGAACGCAGGCCCGACGGGCAGCGUGCUCAUGAUCGACGCGAACCAGGUGUGGGACGUCCCCGAGGCGAUCGAGUAUGUCAAAUACCUGGCGGAGAUCAAGCCUUGGUUCAUUGAGGAGCCCACUGCGCCCGAUGACGUCCUCGGGCACGCUGCUAUCCGCAAAGCGUUGAAGCCCUACGGCAUCGGCGUUGCGACUGGCGAGCACGCACACAACCGCAUGAUCUUCAAGCAGCUCCUGCAGGCAGAAGCCAUCGACGUCUGCCAGAUCGACUCAUGUCGUCUCGGUGGUGUCAGCGAGGUACUCGCUGUGCUACUCAUGGCCGCGAAAUUCGGCGUUCCCGUCUGCCCACACGCGGGCGGUGUCGGUCUCUGUGAAUAUGUGAUCCAUCUCAGUCUAAUCGACUACAUCGCCAUAUCCGGCUCGAUGGAGCGCAACGUGCUCGAGUUCGUCGACCACUUACAUGAGCAUUUUCUCUAUCCUUGCUCGAUUAACAAGAACGGGCGCUACAACGUUCCAAACAAUCCUAAGGAGGGCUAUAGUAUUGAGAUGCGCAAGUCAAGUAUCGCUGAGUUUGAGUUCCCGCAUGGAUCAUACUGGGUGAAAGCUAGAUCCAAGGGCCAGUGAUCAUGGAGCUGGGUAUGAUAGUAGUAUGAGUAGGAGAAAAUUGUUAGCCGUCUUAUGAUGGCCUGUACUAGUAUUCAUGUUGUCUCAUAUAUCCGGCUCACACCCUACUACGGAAACUGUCAGCAUGC